AUAGAGCCACCACUAAUUAAAUAGUUGUUUUUGCGGAGGGGGUAAGGAGUACCCUGCCAUUUCUGUCUCUCCACCUUCCCACUGUCUUGCACUCGGAGAAACAAAAGAUGGCCAUGAUCGCGGAUGCCUUUGUCUCCAAAUUGUGUCAGGUUUUAUUAACCUCCGCAAUAGAAGAGGCCGCCAAGAUCUUGGGUGUGCCCGACGAAAUCAAGAAGCUCCACAGGAGGCUGAAGAGGAUGCAAGAUGUUCUCUCUGAUGCAGAGGAUCGACGCUUCGACAGCCAGGCCAUCAAUCGUUGGCUGAAUGAGCUGCGAGAUCUCAUGUACGAUGCAGAAGAUAUCAUCGAUGAAUGCUGGAUCGAGGGCGAGAAACAUCUCAGCUCAAAGUCAUCCUCAUCUCCUCGUGUUGAGUCGGUACGUUGUUGCUUCCCUCCUAUGGCUUGCUUGCACAAAGUUAGAUUCCAUCAUGAGAUUGCCAAAAGAAUUAGAGAUCUCAACCAUAGGCUUGAUGAACUUGCCAAGGACAAAGCUGAGCUCAAUCUUACACCUGCUCCUCAUCGUGACCGCUAUAAGAGUACUAGAAUAACAUACGGGACAUCCCCUGUUGUUGAGUCUGAAGUUGUGGGCGAGAAUAUUGAGACUGACACGAGGAUUUUGGCUGACCUGUUGAUUAAGAAACACAAAAGAAAAAUUCUUAUCUUUGCUAUUGUUGGCAUGGGUGGGAUAGGCAAAACUACUCUUGCUCAGAAGAUUUACAAUGAUGAGAAGCUUCGAGACAACUUCCACCAAAUGCCACGGAUUUGGUCGUGCGUGUCCCAAGAUUUCUCCGAGUCUGAUUUGCUUAGAUCUAUCAUAAAACAAGCUGGAGGUGAUCCUCGAAAGGAUAAGGCGAAGGAAGUGCUCGAACCCAUGCUUAGCGGAGUCCUCACGAACAAGAAGUUCUUUUUAGUCUUAGAUGAUGUUUGGGAUGCACGAGUGUGGGAUGAGCUGUUGAGAAAUCCCUUACAGAGUGGUCUGAAAAAUGGUAGAAUUUUAAUAACCACCAGACAUGAAGACAUUGCUAGACAGAUGGGAGCAGUAUACAUUCACAGGGUGGAGAAGUUGUCUCGCGAGGAUGGUUGGUCAUUAAUUUGCAAGAUGGUGUUUGAUGAAGAGGAUGAACAAGAUAAACAUGACUUCAGUGAUACAGGGAUGAAAAUUGUUGAGAAAUGCGAUGGGCUUCCGCUUGCUCUCAGGACUGUUGGAGGGGUUCUUCGAACCAAGGCAAAAAGGCCAUUGGAAUGGGAAAAGGUCCUUUCUAGCACAGCUUGGUCUUGUACGAAGCUUCCAGAAGGGGUGAUGGGUGCUUUGUACUUGAGCUAUCAGGAUUUACCAUCUCCUCUCAAGCAGGGCUUCACUUGCCUUUCCUUAUUUCCUGAGGACUUCAUAAUUCAUGAAGGUUUUUUCGUCAAUAGUUGUAUUGCAGAGGGCUCUGUAACAUCUGAAGAUGGUACUCCUUUGGAAGAUGUGGCAAAAGGGCAUUGGAAGGAGUUGGUGCAGAGGAACCUUCUACAGCCAGAUCCUAAUUGGUAUGAUAAAUCAGCUUGCAGGAUGCAUGACCUCCUGCGAUCUCUAGCUCAGCAUAUAGCACGGGAUGAGUGCUUCGUCGGAGAUGCAAGAGCUUUUGAAAACAAGAUCAUGGCCUCCCCAUCAUCAAUAAAACUACGCCAUUUAUCGAUUGUUGAUGGAAACAUAGAAACCAUAUCUGACUUGAUAAUGGAACAGACAUCCUUGAGGACCCUGUCAUUCUUCCGUUCUCCACGGUUUAACAUGCUUCCAGAACAUCUCUUUAGAGAGCUGCGGAGUUUAAGGGUCCUUAACUUGAGCGAAACAAACGUCGACAAUCUACCAACUUCCUUGGGAGAUCUUGUGCACCUAAGACGUCUUGAUCUCCGUGGGACUUCAAUAAGAGAGAUCCCAGGGAGUAUAGGGAAUCUUAGAAAUCUCCAAUUCCUUAUACUCCAGAAUUGCAAAUAUUUGCGCAGCCUCCCCUGCAGUGUCCUCGGGUUAAACAAUCUAAGGGUUCUAGACGUCAAGGGUGCACCACUUGAUGGACUGCCCAUGGGAAUAGAAAGACUGCAACAACUACAUACACUUUUGGGAUUUGUGGUGAAUGGUAGCGAGGGCUGCAGAUCCGGAGUAGGAGGAGAUGACAGGAAGCAGGAGCACAGGGGACAUCAACACGGCAGCUUCUGCACCUUGGAAGGGUUGAAAUCCCUCUCCCACCUCUACUAUCUUAGCAUACACAAGUUGGAGAGAGUAUCAAACAGGAGUGAAGCAAGAGUUGCUGCACUUCAAGCCAAGCCCCAUCUCUCAAUUCUGCUUCUGCAUUGCACCCUACCAACCAAUUCUUCUAACGUACAGCAAUCUCGUGCAAAUGGUUACGAGGAGGAAGAAAUCAAGAGAAUAGGGGAGGUCUUCGAGGAGCUCCGCCCAUCACCAUGCCUUGAAGAGCUUGAAAUCCAUGGCUUCUUCGGCCGUGAUUUUCCUAGCUGGAUGGUAAUUACACCCUCAUCAUCAUUGCUGUGCAACCUGCGAAGGCUGGUUCUAAAGAAUUGUGCUCUAUGCCGGCAGCUUCCACCCUUGGGAAUGCUACAACAACUAGAUUACCUCCGGUUUAUAGGUGCUUCUGCAGUCACGAGCGUUGGUCUUGAAUUCUUCUUACUGGCAGGUGGCAGUUCCUCUUGCUUCUCCUCCUACUUCUCCAAACUAGAGACACUUGUAUUUGAUGACAUGCCCAAUUGGGAAGAAUGGUGGUGGCGGUGGGAGGAGGAGGACAACCAGACAACAUCGUUGCUACCUUCUCUCAAGGUAUUGACCAUUCGUGAAUGUCCGAAGUUGAGGUCUCUACCAGAGAGCCUACUCUGUCGUGCCACUGCCCUGAAGAGAUUAAACAUCAAAGGUGCUCACGGCCUGAGAGAAAUACAGAACCUCCACUCUCUUACAGGAUUGCUCUUGAUGGACAACUCAAGUUUGGAGAGAGUGUCGAACUUUCCAGCACUAAAAGACCUUUCCAUUCAUAAUUGCGAGGAGUUGAAGGUUGUGGAAGGUGUGGAUGCCAUGGAGAACAUAGAGCUCGAUGAUCGAGAAGAUGAAAACUCUCUUCCAGAGUGGUUAGUAGCUGCUGGUGAACAACGACUUCGCUUCCCUUCGCUCCGCAAGUUGAUUCUCAAAAACAAAUUAUAUCAUGCCGCCGCCCUUGAGGAACUACGAACUGGUCGGACAUACAGCCAGAACAUCAGUCGGAGACAACCGAGACCGCGGUGGGGAAACGAAGUAUGCCUUCGUCAUCAGAACAGCUGCUCUUCUGACAGGAGGUGUUGGUGAAUAGCAACUCCCCUUCGCUCCACAAGUAGACUCUCUUCAACAAUAUCUGUUGCUGCCUGAUUAGCCUCUGAUCUGAUGACACAUCACCCAUGUUGAAGCACAAGCAAGAGAUGCGAGAUUACUUGCCAAGUUGGUGAUACUCUUCAUCAUUCUCGUCCUUUCAGGCCCAACAGAUAAGCUGAAGUCCUUUCUUCCAGAGGCUUUUCUCCAACUGCAUUCGGAGCUGUGAUUUUAGCGGGGUCUUGGAACAAGCAAUUACCCAUCUAUGAGAAAGGAUUGAUGACCACAAGGCGAUUGUGUUCCAGAUUUCAUUAUUUCACCUGCUUAGACCGAAGAAGUCAGCAUCACGGACCUAACCUCAUGAGAUCAGUGCAUCUUGUCCGGGAUCUAGGACAUCAUCAGCCACCAUAAUUGGGGGUAUAGACAAUGGAAAGAUGUGAAUGAAAGUAUGGAGUCUGUGAACUAGUACAUUAUCAAACUCUGGAACAAUUUUGCGCACCAUAUUUUUUAGGAUUUGAUUGCAGAAAUCAUGUCCGACAUACAGCGACCAUAUCGGGAGGGACAAGGAUGGGAAGGAAUUUAAUUUUUUUUUUUUUGUUGUGUGUGCAUUUGGAUGCAUGAAUAGAUGUAUUCAUGGAUGUAUUAACCAACUUUUAUACUUCGAUGCGAGAGCAUGUAACAGGAAAAUUCUCCCAGUUCCUUCAAGCAUUCCAAAAU